CUCUCUCUCUCUCUCUCUCUCUCUCUCUCUCUCUCUCAAACACAGUGUUCAUCAAUGGCGACGAGUCUAUGCAUCAUCUUCUGCAUUCUCUUCAUAUCUUCAUCAUCUGCUCUUGAUGAGAAAAACGUCACUAAAAACCCAGUCGACGAGCUAGUAGCCAUAGUGAACAUAAACAGAACAUCCCACAAAUCAUCCUCCCUCACCAACAACCCCGACCUCGCAUGCAUAGCUCUCCAAUACAUCAAAGCCUACCAAGGAAAAUGCGAUGAAGUCGGUGGGCCCGACGCCAAAAAACCCGCCGAAUCCGAAUUCCCCGAUACCUUCGCCCCCACCUGCGAAGUCGAAGUGGCCACACUCGCCCCCAUCACACUCGCCCCCAUCACAGGCCGUGUGCUCGGGUGCCAAUCAAAAUACAUCAAACCCGAUAAAGCGUUCACACAAAUACUAACGAUGAAGAGCACAAGUUUGAAUAUAAUCUACAACACCACCCACACCGAGAUUGGGGCGGCAGUCAGCGGCUCAUAUGGCGGUGGUCCGUAUUUCUGGUGUCUUCUUUUUAGUAGCGGGAAAUCGAAUAGUAGCUUUGUGUUGGAAAGGGGUGAGGCUAAGAUUACUAGGCCUGGUGUCUUUAGUGGUGCUAAUGAUGAGUGUAGUGGUGUGAAUGGUUUGUCGGAAAAUUUGAGUUUUUUGAUGAUUUUUGUUGGUGUUUUCGUUGCGGGAUGUUAUACAAUUUUGGUAUGA